GCAAAUGUGAUAGGCAUUUAGUAUUAAGGAGGCGUUGGUUCUUCUGAUCCAGCACCCCAGAGGUAGGAAUUUCCAUAAUGGACUCUGAUUCUGAUCGCACUAUAGAUUCUGAUGAGUUUGAAGAAUUUCUAGCUAAAAAAAAGACUCCCAAAAAACUCAAGAAAGCUCAUCAGUGCUUGAAAGCACAUGACAUUUCAGACUCAGACUCUGAUGAAGUCAUAAUCAAGAAACAAAAGCUGCAUGUUGAUCCUAGCCCAGCCAAAAAAGUUGAUAAUAGACCAAAAUGCCAAUAUGGAAGCCAAUGUUAUCGUAAAAAUCCUGAUCACUUGAGGGAAUUCUAUCAUCCAAGUAAAGAAAUACAGAAAUCACCUGCUGUUAAAUCCAGUUCACCCAGCAUUAAUGAUACAUCUUGUAACAUGAAAACUCAAAAUUAUAAUUUUUUUGUGACCAAAGUUAACGGAAUACCUCAGCGAUUUAAUGGUGGAUUAUCUUAUGGUAUCAAAGAUUUGUUAUCUUUUAAAGAUGGAACUCUCAUUGCAUCUGCCCAUUUCAAUUACAUGUUUGAUGUACCAUGGUUGAUUCAACAGUAUCCUGAAAAGUACAGGAGCUGUCCUUUAACAAUCGUUCAUGGAGCAGAAAGAGAAUCUAAGAAAGCUUUAGAAAAAUCUGCUGCUAACCACCGUAACAUAAAGUUUUGUCAAGCAAAAUUGGACAUCCCUUUUGGAACUCAUCACACCAAAAUGAUGUUUCUUCUUUACCAAGAAGGUUUCCGAAUCAUCAUUCAUACAUCUAAUAUUGUAGAUAGUGAUUGGGACCAAAAAACUCAAGGCAUGUGGGUUAGUCCUCUACUUAGGCCAUUGCAUAAUGCUUCAGUGACUGAAGGUGAAUCUCCUACUAAUUUUAAAUCUGAUUUAUUAGAUUAUAUAUCAUCUUAUGGAGCUCCAGAAUUAGAUGAAUGGCGAGAAACAAUUAAAAAGCAUGAUUUUUCUCCUAUUAGAGUCGUUUUAAUUGGAUCAGUUCCUGGUAGACAUGUGGGCUCUAGAAAAACCUCUUUUGGCCAUCUGAAAGUUCGAAAAAUCCUUAACAGUCAAGGUCCUUCCAAAGAAGUUUGUUCAUCUGACUGGCCUUUAAUUGCUCAGUUUUCCAGCAUUGGAUCUUUAGGAGCUUCCCCAGACCAAUGGUUACUUUCCGAAUUUGCUGCAAGUUUAGGAACAGUAAAAGAUUCAUCUGCAUCAAUGAAAUCAUCCUCUUUGAAACUUGUUUAUCCAAGUGUAGAAAAUGUCCGUAAAAGCUUAGAAGGGUACCCUGCUGGUGCAUCUCUCCCAUACAGCAUUAAGGUUGCUCAGAAGCAACAAUAUUUAAGGAACUUUUUGCACCAGUGGAAAAGUGAUAAAUUGGGUCGUACUGAAGCUUCGCCGCAUAUCAAAACAUAUAUCCGUGUAUCACCUGAUAAUGCUAAAAUUGCAUGGUUUCUUCUUACUAGUGCUAAUCUCUCAAAGGCUGCAUGGGGUACUUUGGAGAAAAAAGGAGCUCAAUUUAUGAUUAGAUCCUAUGAACUAGGCGUCAUGUUUCUUCCAAAAUAUUUUGGCAUGGACAUGUUUAGUGUGCCAAGCAAAAAUGUAAAGAACUUUAGUGAGAUUUUUCCUAUACCUUUUGAUAUACCUGUGGAACCGUACUCAAGUACAGAUCAACCAUGGAUUUGGGAUAUUCCUCAGAUCAAAGGUCCUGAUCGAUAUGGAAAUAAAUGGUGUCCACCUUAAAAUCAAUGAAUGUUUUUGAAAAUUAUAAACAAACUUUUUUAUUGUACAGUUUUGAG